CACAACUCAGCUGCAGAAGCACAAGUUCUGUUUAGUGAUUCCAACUGAGCUGGGGAUUUUUUGAAAAUGCUUUCACACAGAGGAUACAUGGAGCUACAAGAUGAUCACAUUGGCAGAGAAACUGAAGUCACCUCGUUUGAGAGAUCAUCUAACACAGUCAAUGGAUUCAGCUUAUCAACUUCAAACCCGUUUAUUACUCAAAACAAAGAAUCCAGUGUGACCACUGUUUCCAAUGACAUCAACAAGGACAUAAUGUCAAGCCAUGGGCAAAGUAAUGGGUGGUCUCGUUUUCCAAUAUCUCCUACAACACCACUUGAGAAUGACUGGGCUGUUUUCCCACCCCCUACUCUAGCCCUUGAAACAAACCAAACCGCAUUCCCAAGUCAAAAGCCGACUUCACACUUUGCCAGGUUUUCUCCAAGUGUAUUAAGCAAUCAGGAAACAAACAUUUUCCAUCCUUUCAAAGAGGAAACUGGUAUAACUCAGAGAAUGGUGGCCAAUGAAAAACCAUCAGAUAAAAAGGAUUUUCUUUUGGAAUACAUACUAGCCAAUCAAACAAAUGACGAGGAACCUAUUCCUUCUACCACAGCAUCCAGUCAGCUAAAUAUAUUUGAAGACUUCCCAAGUUUUUUACCACCUCCAGUAAUUAAUAAAGACAUUUUCACAAGUACAGUUCCAUCUCAGUCAAAUGAUAUCUUUCAAACCCCCAAGUCUAGUGUACACAACAGAGUAUUUCAAUUCAAUCCGACUUCAGCAUCUAUCCAGAAUGAUAAUUUUCAUUUGUUUGAUAAUUCCACUGGGACUAAUGGGCAGUUCAAGCAACAGGACAGCGACACUAAAAGAAUAUUAAUGCCUGCAGAGCUGAGUAAUGGAAUAUUCCAGGAGACAACAUUAACGUCACCUUUUAAUGCAUCAACAAAUGAAGAACUGAUGUUUACCAGACUACCCCUCAAACCAGUCCGACGCCAUAAGUCCCAUAAGAAUCCUAAGAACAUCGAUCAUGACAUUUUUUCCACACCCACUGUAUCUGUACCUGCUGAUCAGAAACCAGCAGAGACUCUGCUUACGUCUACCCCGGCUACUCCAGUAUCCAUACCUGCUGUGCCAAGAGCGACAAUUAAUAUACGGAACAUUGAUCAUGAUAUUUUUUCCACACCUGCUGAUCAGAAACCAGCACAGAAUCUGCUUACGUCCAUCCCGGUUACUCCGAUAUCCAUACCUGCUGCAUUAAAACCUACAACUAAUAUGCAGGACACCAUGCCAGCUGAUGAGGUAAACCAGAGCCAAGUUUAUGAGGACAUUCUGUUCAUCGGGCAGGAAAAAUGUGUUGAGGACUGGCCAGAGGAUAGCCCUGAGCUUAGCCCUGAUUGGAAGCCUACUGGGAAAUUAAAAUUAAGAAGGGAGUCUUUGAGGGAAUCUAAGGCAGCCACAACUGUGGACACUUUUAAGAGGAAAUCUGGCAAAACAAAAAUAAAGUUGAGGCACUCGAGAAGAGAGUCAAAGGAGACAUCAGAUGGCUCAAACCUUCUUCAAGCAGGCGUAGAUCAUCAAGUCGAGUCAGAGGAAAAAGGUCCUGACAAUGUGAAUGGUGCCUAUGGUGAUACUUUGUCUUUGAGGUCAAAGCUCCCUGCAUCAGAGGGAACUUUUUUGCAUGAACAAGAAGAGCAGAAUGCAGUAACGAGGAGCAAAUCCUUCAAGAGCAAAAAGACAAAAUUCAUAGUUCCCCAUUUGCAAUACCGAGGCACCAAGAAAAACUCUCUUGGUGACGUUUUAGAAAAUGGAUCACCUUUUCUGCAAAACUCAGAGGAAAGCAUAAGAGCGGAGAAUAAACAUCGCCGUUUCUCUGCUGAUGUAUAUGCAGAAUAUGAAGAUGAUACAUUCUCUCCAAAAUCUUCAAGCAGUAGUGGAAAAAUACAGGAAUUACAAGACUGUCGACCCAAGAAACCUAUUAAAUUUACAUUUCAUCAUGCAUCUCGAAAAGGAUCGAAGGGUGCCCUGGAGAAUUAUAGCCCAGAGAAAGGUGCUGAUUUGUUUAAAGCCAGUGACAUUAAGGGGUCAGAAAUCAGCGUAUCUGAAGAUUAUAUUCAGAAGAAACCUAUUAAAUUCACAUUUCCUCAUGCAUCUCGGAAAGGAUCGAAGGGUACACUGGAGAGUUAUACCCCAGAAAAGGGUGCUGAUUUGUUUAAAGCCAGUGACAUUAAUGGGUCAGACACUGGUGUAUUUGAACAUUAUAGUCAGGCAGAACAUGAAGAUGAUCCAUUCUCUCCAAAAUCUUCAGACAGCAGUGGAAAAAUACAAGAAUUACAAGAUUAUCGACCUAAGAAACCUAUUAAAUUCAAAUUUCCUCAUGCAUCUCGGAAAGGAUCGAAGGGUACACUGGAGAAUUAUAGCCCAGAGAAAGGUGCUGAUUUGUUUAAAGCCAGUGACAUUAAUGGGUCAGAAAUCAGUGUAUCUGAAAAUUAUAGUCAGAUGAGGAAGUCUCCUGUACAAAGGAUUUCACCAAUAAUUCAAAGAGACUUAAAGGCAGAACAUGAAGAUGAUCCAUUCUCUCCAAAAUCUUCAGACAACAGUGGAAAAAUACAAGAAUUACAAGAUUAUCGACCUAAGAAACCUAUUAAAUUCACAUUUCCUCAGGCGCCUCGGAAAGGAUCAAGGGGUACACUGGAGAAUUAUACCCCAGAGAAAGGUGCUGAUUUGUUUAAAGCCAGUGACAUCUAUGGGUCAGAAAUCAGUGUAUCUGAAAAUUAUAGUCAGAUGAGGAACUCUCCUGUACAAAGGGUUUCACCAAUAAUUCAAAGAGACUUAAAGGCAGAGUAUGGAGAUGAUCCAUUCUCUCCAAAAUCUACAGACAGCAGUGAAAAAAUACAAGAAUCACAAGAUUAUCGACCCAAGAAACCCAUUAAAUUUACAUUUCCUCAUGCGUCUCGGAAAGGAUCAAAGGGCACACUGGAGACUUUUACCUCAGAGAAAGGUGCUGAUUUGUUUAAAGCCAGUGACAUUAAUGGUUCAGACACUGGUGUAUUUGAACAUUAUAGUCAGAUGAGGAAGUCACCUGUACAAAGCAUUUACCCAAUAGAUCAAAGUGAGACAAAGGCCAAGGACCAAAUGCGUUUUCCUGAAGACAUUGAACCACCAGGUGCUACCUCUGGAAAUUUCUACCUUUCAGAAGCAGCUAAGGCUGAGUGGAUGUCCUCCCAGAUGGAUGUGAGGCGGGCAAGAGCACCGGACGAUAAUGACGAAUUGGAGGGAGUAAAGGAGGAAGAGGAAGGGGACACAGACAGCCUGAUGGAGUGGUGGAACACAGUAGAAUUAUGGGAUGAGCUGCCAUCAGAUGAGGAAACCAGUGAAAUGGAAGAUGAAACUAAAUCUUUCACUGAGAUCGCUGACAAAGUCCACCAUGGUCUUAGAGUUUUCUAUAAAAUUUUCAUUGAACAAGCCGAAGUCCUUUACCAGCAUGUGCUACGCCUGUACGCCAUCGGUGAAGACAUCAGCAACUUUCACCGCAAUGCCAAGAUUGCCAACAUCACAAGUGGAACAACCACAGCUGUAGGUGGUGUAACAGCCAUCGCUGGCCUGGCACUGGCACCUGUCACAUUUGGGGCGUCGCUAAUUGCGUCUGCUGUUGGUUUGGGCAUAGCAACAGCGGGUGGAAUCGCGGCAGCUUCGGCCUCUAUAUCAGACAACGUUCAUGACAUGAAUGACCGUAAGAAAAUUGAAGUGGUGGUGCAGGACUACGAGACCCGACUAGUGGAACUACGACGCUGCCUGAGAUUUGUGGCUGAGGGUGUGCACCGAUUGCGAAUCCACCCUCUUCUACGGCGUAAUAAUUACUAUGCUGGUGACUGGGAGGUGCGCCGUGCGCUUCAGACCAUCAGCCUAGUUGGAGAGCCUGUAGAGCAGGCAGAGAACAUUGUGGAGAGGUCUACAAAUGCUCUGAACAGUGUGUGCAAAGGGAUGGACAAUUACUUCAGCAAGGAUUCCAAGGAAAUGAAGAAGGGCUGCAAGAAGGAGGUUACAACGCAAGUGAAUAUGUUAGCUAAGCUGCUGCAUGAAGGGUUAGUGUCACUCAAUUCCAUACGAGAACAGCUAAUGGAAGCUACUGGAGAAGUUUAGAACAGGGGAUGAAUAAAUAAACUAUUUAGAACACUGUAAACUUUAUCUAGUGGUUAGGUGAUACAGUAUCCUUGGCAGGUCACAUAUUACACAUGGUGAAGAAGUGUGACCCAGUUCCUCCUGUUGUUGUAUGAUAGUGCAUUAUUAUAGUGCAUUAUUUUAAUAAAACAUCUGUGAGAGAGACUAAACAUGAUCAAAUGUCAAAUUAAAAAUGUGGGAAUAAAAAGUGUCUUCACUUUUUCCUUUUGCGUGGAGCACUUAAUACGGUUUUAUGUAACCCACUGUAUGUCUAAAACAUACAUGUUUAUGACUUAAACAUCUUUGGUUAAGUUUUGGUUUCCAUCUUCUUUGUGGAGUUUAGUUCUUGUUUUAAUAAUCACUUCCUCAAUGAGAAAUUCUAUUUAUAGUAAACAUAAUUCCAACUUCUCAUCUCAUCUGUCAUCUGUGUAGUAUACAACAAAGACUGAAAAAAUACAUAGGAACCAAAAGUACAAAUGCCUUAAUGCCUUAUGAUAUACUGUAGCUGUGUCAUUGUAUUGUUUUCUCAUGUUAAGCCUAGACUUUAAUACCCAAACCAUACAAUAUAUAACUGACCAGCCAAUUCCACUUAUUUAUUUAUAUUUAGCUGCUUAAAUUUUUAUUUUUUAAGUUUACACAUUUGAGUGCAAAUAAAAAAACAAACAUAUUGUUUGUAUGUUAUGAUAUAACUUUCUUUUAUAUGCAAAUUAUUUUAUUGUUGUUUUAUUAUAUAUUUACUUAUAUUUCUGAGACAUAGUGGCAAUUCAGUGUUUAUCAUCUUCAUACUAGUUUACUAUACUUUACCACUAGUUAUUAUAUAUUUUUAGCCCCAAUUCUGCUGGGUUGCUGCUGGUGGACACUCGAGCAAGGUCCUUCACCCCAAAGUGCUCAGGUGCAAUCAAGUGCCGAGCUGGCAACCCAGCAUGUAAAUAACUCCCACAGAAAUGGCAGCUGUAUAUUUGUUGCUUGAUGUGCCAGGAGGCACAUAGAUAGACCAUGUAAUUAUGUGUAACUUUAUGGCUUAUUUUAACUGAUGAGAUAAAUAAAAAUGCAUCCCUGUACAUUUUUCAAAA